ACAAAUGUCAGUUACGUCAAGAAAGCUGUCAUCAGCUGUAUUGAGUAUUGGUAAACAAACAAUAAUUGAUGGUUACCUAAAAUGUCUGUAAAUACUAAAUAGUGUAUAAAUGGACCCAACAAAGCGGCAUGCCACCGCUGCCCAAGUUUCUGCUCUAGUUGACUUCAUGCAGGAACAUUCCGAGCUCGCCAAAGGACUUGUGAGUACCGGCUCGGAGAGAGAUGAUUUAGAAGCAAAGUGGAAAGAAAUAACGUGUACCCUUAAUUCUAUGGGUGGAGCUAUAAAAUCAGUUGAUAAGUGGAAGCAGACAUGGCGAGAUUUUAAGGCAAAUAACAGGAAGAGAGCUCUCAAGCACCAACAGUCCGCAGGUGACACAGGGUACAGUGAUUUGAGUGGAGACUCAACUCACAGUGAAUCAGAUUAUGAACCUCCCAAGAAAAAAUAUGCUCCAUUUGAUGAAGAAAUAAUUAGAAUAGAAAGAGACAAACUGGAAUUGGACAAAGAAUACAAAUUCAAGAAAAUAGAAGUAUUGUCAAGGAUAGCAACAGCUUUAGAGCAGUUGGCAAAGAAGGAUUGAUUUUAUAGUACAUGAUUGUAUUUAUAUGUAUUCGUAAUUACCAAAUAUAAUGUUAUUUAUUGAAAUUUAAUACUUUCACAAUAUCCAAAGUUUUGUUGACUUUAACAUAGUAAAUUGUAGUUCUUUACAUAAUAUUCUUUUUCGUCCAGUGGUCAUUUGGUACCCUUGGUAGGAAUACACUUUUAGUGGUUGUUAUAGAAUUAACCACAAACUUGCAGUGUAGUAACUGAUCUUAAUAAUAAAUUAAUCUAUAACACCCUUUUAAGUAUGUUUCAAAAAUGAAAUUGAUGUUAUACAUUUUGUUUAUGUUUGUCACUUUGUUUGUUGAAAUAAUCUGUUAUUGUAAAGUAGUCUACCUAAUACAUAAUUCAUACUAUGACAGUGCUAGAAAUGUGUCAGCCAAAAUAUAUUCUUUGUAUUGAAUAGUAUGAGACUAUGCCACUGUUCUGUCACCGACCAACAGCGUCGCGUGUCAUGCACGAGUCGUCUAUAAUUGUCGGCGAGAAUUUUGUUAGAGCUGCUACGCUCCCCUGCAUUGCACGCAACGUUGCCAAUCGGUAGACGCAGGCGGCGAAAGUAGGAGCUAUGCUGUUGAUGCGUUUUAGUAGACAUACUGCAUAGUAGACUGUGUCGUGUUUCUUUCGUGCCUGAUACGGUCAUAGCACGUUCGUUGGUAUGAUCCGAUUAUCUGGGCAGGCUCCUAAGUGAUUAUGAGACGGUAUAUGCAAUAAAAUAUAUAUUUUUUUAUUUAUUA